AUGUCCGUUGAGAUCUGGCCUCCCAUCUCGCCGGCAGAGCUUAAAAUUCAGGAAGAUGCCACUCAGGCUCGCGAGCUAACUUGGCUCCUAACCUCCCUGCGUACGACCCUCGAGAAAAUCAAGCGUGGUCUCGAAGACUGCUGCGCGCUGCUAGCUCCCGCCGACUCAGCUGGUAGCACGCUCGCGCUAACAACGCCACGCAACGAGACCGUCAAGGGGCACACGACACGUGUAGGUGCGCGCCUGGUGCGCGGCUUGGUCCAUCUUAGGCUACGAACUCUCCCACCACAGACUCUAUCCCUCGACCCCUCACGUCCCGUCCGUGUCCCCGCUCUAAUCCGUCUCGACGCUCUUCUCUCGCUCUCGCUUGAAUUAUGCCUCGCCCUAGAAGAACACCAGAAUCAAACUACACCCCCGCCCUCCGCGCCGUACCUCGCCUCCCAAUUACGGCUGUUAGCACUACAUAUUGCGGAAGCAGCAGCGCUAGUCAAAGGGCCGUCUCAACCGCCUGCGCGCCCAUCUACUAGUGCUUCUACGGCGAGCUAUGAAGGGCCCGGACGCCAGCACCCGCCGGGGCAGAAAGUUCCUCUAGAUACCGCUUGGACGACAAAUUCGGUGUCACUAGGCCAUUUCACGCCCCCGCUUAGUCGUAACCUAUCUCUCUACGUAACGAUUCAAGAUGCCUGUCUAGUCAUCUAUUUGCGCGCCCUAGAACCCGCUGACGCACCCGUAAAUUUCGGAACGAAACUCGCACUCGCUAUUGGUACGACACGGCGUAUCGAGCACGAUGAAGCCGACCGCGUGUUCUCAUAUCGAUGUGACGACGAGUCGCGAAUUGAUGAUAGCACGUCUGCCCCCGAGCAUCAUGGUAUUCGUAAUAGUAGUAAUAACAGUGGUGAGGAUAACGAAGGGAAUAAGAAAGAAGUCGAGGUAUAUGUACGCGAGAAGGUGCGUGUUGAGAGCGCGGACCCUAGCCUCCUUUCGCUAUCCGCGAAGUUGAGCGCUUUAGGUAAUACGUUAGGGUUGGCGCGGCGGAAUUUGGCUGCCGUUAUGGAACAAGAUUUGGAAGAAUAA